AUGCUAUUCACGCGGGCAGCUGCGCGAAGCUUUAUUGGCGCUCGGGCAUUCUCCACAGCUCGUGUGUACCGAGCGGAGCUGUCUUACCAGGUCUACGGACCGGAAAAGGAGGAAGCCAUUCGCGACCCCAUUUUGUUCCUGCAUGGACUUUUCGGUUCUAAGCAGAACAACCGAAGUAUUAGCAAAGCUCUGGCGAAGGACUUGAAAUGCCAGAUCUUCACAUUGGAUCUUCGUAAUCAUGGUGAUUCUUUCCAUGCCCCGGAGCACAACUAUAGUGCUAUGGCCGAGGAUGUGCAGGAGUUCAUAGAGCAGCAGAAGCUCAAGAAAUGCGUCCUGAUUGGCCAUUCAAUGGGUGCUAAAGCCGCAAUGACAGUGGCUCUUCAGUCCCCGGAGAGCGUUUCCGCCUUAAUCCCGGUCGAUAAUGCCCCGCUGAACGCAACACUGAAGAGUGAUUUCCCAAAGUAUGUGCGAGGAAUGCAGCACGUAGAGCGGGAGAAAGUAAAAAAGCAAUCAGACGCGAACAAAAUCCUCGAGGAUUACGAAGAGUCCCUUCCAAUCCGCCAAUUUCUUUUGACAAAUCUUGUCCGCUCUGAUGACGAGCAUAAGACUCUGAAGUUCCGUGUGCCUCUCUCAGUGAUUGGGAACUCUCUUGACAACAUGGCCGAUUUCCCCUUCAGCGAGUCGGAUGGGGUCCAGUAUGAUGGACCUACCCUCUUCGUUCGGGGUACUAAGUCCAAGUAUGUCACUGAUGCAACCAUUCCUGCAAUCAAGAAAUUCUUCCCCAAAGCCCAGAUUGCGGACGUCGAGGCGGGACAUUGGCUUAUCUCCGAGAAGCCUGAAGACUUCCGGCAAGCGGUGGUCAAAUUUCUGGGAUCGUCAUAA